AUGACCUCCACCGGACCUCUAUAUCUCGGCUUCGACCUAUCCACCCAACAAUUGAAAGGGCUGGUCGUCGACUCCAGCCUAAAAAAGAUCCAUGAAGCCAAGUUCGACUUUGACGCCGAUUCCAAGGGUUUCAACGUGAAUAAGGGCGUUCUUGUGAAUGAAGCCGAACAUGAGGUUUUUGCACCAGUGGCGAUGUGGCUGCAAGCCAUUGACACGCUGCUGGGUCGGUUGAAGGACGACGGCCUCGAUUUUGGACGUAUCAGGGGGAUCAGCGGCUCAGGCAUGCAGCAUGGGAGCGUCUUCUGGAAUGCCGAUGCGGAACAACUGCUUUCUCAGCUCGAUCCCUCCAGGACUUUAGAGUCGCAGCUCGACGGUGCAUUCGCACAUCCGUUCAGUCCCAACUGGCAAGACGCCAGCACGCAGAAGGAAUGUGACGAGUUUGACGCCAUUCUAGGCAAUGAAUCGCAACUAGCAAAUGUUACGGGCAGCAAAGCACACCAUCGCUUCACGGGGCCUCAAAUCCUCCGAUUUCAACGUAAAUACCCCGAUAAAUACAUCAAGACUUACCGAAUCACGCUUGUGUCGUCUUGGAUCGCUACCGUCUUCCUCGGAAAAUAUGCCCCAUUCGACAUCUCGGAUGUCUGCGGCAUGAAUCUAUGGGAUAUCAAAGCCGGCAAUUGGAAUGAGAAACUGUUGGAACUUGCUGCAGGACCCUCCGGGAUAGACGCGUUGAAGAAGAAACUGGGCGAUGUGCCCCAAGAUGGUGGGAUCCAUCUAGGCACCAUUUCUCCCUACUUUAUUAAGCGCCAUGGCUUUUCGAAUGAAUGUACCAUUAUCGCCUCGACUGGAGAUAACCCAUCCACCAUCCUUGCAUUGCCGCUGCGCAGCAACGAUGCUAUGGUCAGCUUGGGCACAAGCACCACCUUCUUAAUGUCCACGACCGAGUAUAAACCGGAUCCGAGCACACAUUUCUUCAACCACCCGACGACACCUGGAUUGUAUAUGUUUAUGUUGUGUUAUAAGAAUGGUGGGCUGGCGAGGGAGAAGGUUCGCGACGCCAUCAAUGAGAAGCUAGGGGUCAAAGAGAAAAACUCGUGGUCAGAGUUUGACAAGCACUUGCUUGACACGCCACCGCUUGCACAGUCCGACGAGAAAGACUCGGCGCACCUAGGGCUUUACUUCCCCCGUCCUGAGAUUAUUCCUAACCUCCCGGUUGGAGAAUGGCAUUUCGCCUACAGCCCUCAAACUGAUGAGCUCAGGCCUGAGAAAUCCGUCCCGCAGCCCCCGGAACAAGAUGCGAGGGUCAUUGUGGAAAGCCAAUUCCUCUCUCUCCGUCUCCGCUCAAGGGAACUCGUCUCGAGCCCGGCACAGGACAUGCCGCCACAGCCACGCCGCAUUUAUUUGGUAGGGGGCGGGUCGCGCAACAAGGCCAUCGCGCGGGUGGCGGGUGAAGUCUUGGGCGGUUCUGAAGGCGUAUUCAAGCUCGACGUCGGCGAGAACGCGUGUGCUCUGGGCGCCGCGUACAAGGCCGUGUGGGCGAUUGAACGCCAACAGGGCGAGACGUUCGAGGAGUUGAUCGGGAAGAGGUGGCGGGAGGACGAGUUUGUCGAGAAGAUCGCAGACGGAUACAAUGCUCCGGUGUGGGAGAGGUAUGGUAGCGCCCUAAAGGGGUUUGAGGAGAUGGAGAGGAGGUUGUUGGCAGAGCACGAGAGGAAGUGA